AUGUCCUCCUCUACAGAGUUUUCAAAGGCUCAACAGCGAGAUAUGUUCUCCUAUUAUCAAGCCUUACAAACUUUUUCAGAUGUGAUUGGUUUGAAUAAUGCUCAAACAACUUCAUCAAGAGCUCAAAAAGCUCGUGGUAAACUUUUAAAGUUAUCUGCUGCUCAAUUUUAUGAAUUAGGCACCGAUGUUUACGAUGAAUUGAAAAGAAGAAUCGAUGAAGAUCAGAAUCAACCGGAAUAUUUAUUACCAAAGGCAACUUUUCAUAUGAAGAGAAAUCAAGCUAGACAAAAAUUGGCUAAUUUGUCACAGUCCAGGUUUGGAGAUUUAGUAAAUGAUAUCUUAUAUGAAAUUACAAGAAGAGGCUAUAAUUCUGAUCCGGAUAUCCCAGACACUCAUCAAAAAAAUAUUUCUCUUUCUAGUAGUAUAAUCAAUAAUACAAGUAGUAACGACCCAAUCAACCUUAAUACUUCAACUAAUAAUAAGAAUGCUCAACAUUCGAACAUUGAAAUUCCUAAUACCCACAUAAAUAAUUCUGAUCUUAACAAAAACAAUAAUACUAAUAAUCCUUCAAAAAUUCUUUCUCCAAUUGAUGCUAGACCUUCAACUUCAAUAGGCGAUGGAACUCCAUCACCAGUAACAUCGUUACCACACUCUUCAAUUCAACCUUCAAAGGUUAUACCUCAAAAGGCUUCUAUUGAUUGGUCUUCCUCAGAAGAUGAAGAUGAUAGUGAAAAUAAUACAGAUACAAAUAUCGAUACUAAUACUAAUACCAAUACAAAUACCAACAACACUAAUACCAAUACUAAUACUAAUAAUACAAAGGAUUUGAUUAUCAACUCAAUUCCUAAUAAUAGCCCAAUUGCUACUACAUCACCUAUUGAGUCAACUAUUAGCACAACACCUAAUAAUCAUUUAAAUGAAAAUACAAUCACCAAUGAUAAUUUAAAGAAUAGUACAAUGAAAAAUAGCAUUCAAAAUAAUUUGGGUAACAAUGCUUCUGUAAAUAUAAAGAGUGACAUAAAUGACAAACCUCAAUUAGAUACCAUUUCAAAUAACUCAUUUGGUGAUAACUUAAAUGAUACUCCUGAUCUAAAUGAUUUCAACUCCACUCCUCUUCUGAAUGAUAUGUCUAAUAAACUAGAACUCUCAAGUCCAGCUACAAAUUUUAGUGAAAAGGAAAUGAGUCCUGUACUGCCAUUGAAACCUCAUCAUGAUGCUCCUACACCCAAUACUAAAUUGGCUGAUUUAGAUAAGGAAUUGCAGAAAUAUAAUUUGAAUACAAAUAAUAAUCCAAUUCUAGAUUUAGACGGUAACAGUGAUGAAAUUGUAACAGACGCCGAUACUAGAAAUAUAAAUAAUUAUUCAAAUAACAUAAUACCUGUGGAACCCAAAUUAAUAUCUGAAAAUGAUAACAAAGCGGAUACUUAUCACAAUGCUUCAAGAUCUAGUCCAUCAAAUCAAACCAAUUUCGAUGACACUAAUAUGAAUAAUGAUUCUGCAGAUGACGAUUCAAAAACAGACAUUAUUCAAAAGAUAAAAGAACCAGCAUAUGAAUAUGUUUCAAAUAAUGUCAUAGGCUACAGAGAAGGAAGAAACUCAGAAGAUAAUACACCAAUCAUCCCCUCUAAGGAUACUCCCUCUGAUAGAUAUAUUGAAACUCCUAUUGCCACUCGUGCCUCUUUGAACAUAGAUGAAGAUGAAUAUAAUUCAUUAAAGGACAAAUAUUCCCAAUUAAAUUUGAAAAAUAUGCAAUUACAAGAAGAGCUGGCAAAUAUGAAAAAUCUUUUUCAAAGUGCACAACAACUCAAACAGUCUAAUGAGACAAACGAUGAUAGCAUGCAACCUCAGAGAGCACCUUCUUCUGAAUCAAGUACUGUUCUAUCAUUGAAUGAAAACUUCAAAAACGAAAUGAUGUCAAUGUCUACUCAACUGAGCGACCUUUCUAUUGAAAAUGAAACCUUAAGACAACAUAUAUCUGAAUUAGAAUUGCAACUACGAAAAAAUACUGCUUCGGAAAGAUCCAUUAAUAAACAAAUUACUGAACAAGAUGGCACCAAAUCUUUAUUAAUGAAUUUUCAUAGUGAAAACAAAUCACUUACACAGGAUAUGGUUAAAGCUCAUAUUAGUUCCAAUGGGUUGAUAACUCUCCAACAAUUACAAGCUUUUCAUUCUAUAAUAUUUACUUUAUAUCAAGAAACAGAUUUAAAAAGUAAAGAAAUGGGGUCGAACUUAUUUAAAGCUUUGUCUUCAUUAUCAAACAUCAUUAAACGUGUAUUGGACGAAUCUUUAUCCCAAGAAUCUAACGAUCAAGCCAUCUUACUUCGUGCUUCCUUUUCACAUUUAAUUACCUCCAUAAGAUAUUUUUGUGUGUAUGAUGAUGUGUUACCAAAUAUCACCGUUAAUGCUGCUAUUGCUGAUGUAAUCUUUGCUUUUUGCAAUCUAGUUAAUAAGGUUAAAUUAAGACUGACAAAUGAAUUACCUACUAUUACUACAAGUACUGUCUCCACAGAAAUUCCAAAAAGCAAUGAUCUGAGCUCACACUCCAUAGAAAAGCCAACAGCAAAUGACUCCUACGAAUCAUUAAGUCAAUCAUCACUUGAUAUUCCUAAGCCAACUUUAAUUGAUAAUUCUGAAGAUGGCCACAUGGAAAUGUCACCUGUAAAACCAUUAAAGCUAACCCAAAAGAUCAAUUCUUCUCAACAAAUCCAACCACAAUCUGCAAGAAAAAUCUCUGGUACAAACUUGUUUUCAUCAAUGUUUAAUUCUAGAACAACUUCAAAUAACAAAGAAGGUAGCGAAAGUGGAAAUUUUAAUCCACAAACACCAAUAAACAGAAAAAUAAGAGCAACUUCUUCUCAUAAUUCAUCAUCCGUAUCUAUAGGAUCUGAUGAGCCGAAUCUUUCAGUUGCCUUAAGUUCCAAUCGUUCAUUAUCGACUCCUACUGGAUCUGCCCCAGAAUUACAAAAUAAAAUAACAGAUAACUCUAAAAUAACUACAAACAUAGCUACAUCUUCUAACUUAUCAGAAAAAAACUUGGAUAGAAAUGUUUCACCUGAAGAAGGGAAGACACCUGAAAGAAAUAAUAAAAGAGCUGAUUUUAAUUCGAUUUCUACAUCAACUCCAGCCAUUGAUAGAAAACAAGAUGUCAAUGAUCCAAAUUCUAUCUCAUCUCCAACCACUAGUAAUAGUCCAAAGGAUGUAUUAAAUAUUAAUAAUGAAUCAAUUAUUACCACAGCAAAGGAUAACGACUCUCAAACUCAUAUGGCGCUACAAUCCGAAGAACAAAAAAUAUACUCUAGCGUAAAUAAGAAUUCCUCCGAACUAAUUGAAGAUACACCUCAAGCUAUAUCUAACAAUGAACUAAAUAAUGCAAACUCAAAUACUUCAAAAAGAAUUACAUCAAACAAUUCAAAUAUGAAUUCUCCCAAUGACGUUAACUUGAACUCUAACGAUACUAUUGUUGAUGCUGCUAGUAAUAAUACCAUAAACACCACCCACAAUACCGCCACUAUACCAAUAAUUUCAACUAGUGAAACUUCUUCUGAAUUAGAUAUAGACCCAACAUCUACUCCAACUAAAAUCAAUAUUGUCCCUGCUCUCAAUUCUAUUACAAACCCAAAAAUAAUUGAGGGUUCACAGAAUAGUCAAAUAAUGUCUAAAGAUAUUUCAAAUCCAAUCAGUUCAAAAACUGUUAAUAAUGUUGAAUUUGAUCGUAUAAAUUCCAACGGUCAAAAAAUUAAUUCAACUUCUUCAUCUAAUGAAGAAACUUUUAUUAAUAAACCUUCUCCCUCUGAAAAUGACACAUUAACUUUUAAAUCAAAUAAAGUUUUGAAUAACUUAACCCAACAAUUAUCCGAAGUUUCUAUGUCUGAUGGACAAAGAACUUCUUCUGAAUCAUCAGCAAACAAUACGUUUGAAAGUUCCAGAAAAACAUCUAUAUCAGAAAGUGUCGAUAGCAAUGAAGCUUCACCUGGUAAACUCUCUAAUAAUGCACAUAAUAUUAAAAGAUUAACAAAUGGGUUACAACUUGAUAGUCCUGAGAAAUAUUCAGUCACCAAUUCAACUCUCCCAACUAAUCAAGGAUCAGUUAGUCAAUUUUAUGAAAAGAAGGAGAUUCUUUCAAAUGGUAGCAAAUUAAGCAACAAAGAUCCAUUUGUUCAAGUAAAUGCUGAUUCUGAUUCACCUAUUAAACAAGCAGUAACUGAUCAAUUUUAUGGAAACAAAGAAGUAAUUUCCAAUGGUAACACAUUGAAUAAUUUGAACCAUAAAGAUCAGCUCAGCAGAGUAAAUACUAAUUCAAAAUUUACCAGUGACUACGAAAAUAAUUACUUGAAUGAAACUAUCUCGAAUACUUCUACAAAAAUAUUUUCGUCUACCGUAAGUCCAGAUAAGAUAGAUAAAACUUUUGAUACUUCCAUUGAUGAUAUUAAACCUAUCGAUGAAAAGGCUUCACAGAUUAACUCCACCUUGACGUCUUCGACUAGAACUCAACAACGUGUACCUGAUACCACUAACAGAAUGACUAAACUUCAAAGAUUAUCUUCUGAGAGUGAGGAUGGUAAUCUUUCCGCCAAGUUAGAUAGGCUAGCUAGUAUUGAAAUAUCUGAUAACUUUACUGGUGAGCUGGAUAUUGAACAAGAAAAAGAGGAUUCUCCUUCUCAAAUGAUAAACACACCAAAUCCAUUUGAAGAAGGUUUCAAUAAAUUUGAUAAUAGAGCAUCUAUGUCUUCCACUGUUACUUCUAACCGAAACACUAAAGGUAGUUUAGAUGAAUUUGUUGAUGCCCAUUCAUCACCUGCAAAGGUUGUAGAUAAAAAGCCUACCUUAUCAACUUUAACUAAUACUGAAAAUAAAAAUAGUGUUAGAGAAAAAAUUGCUCAACUCUCUUCCAAAGUAUCUGAAAGAGAGCAACAACCUACUUCAGAGGCCUUAAGAAAAAACAUAGAUAUAACCAGAAAGAAUUUAACUGAAAAAUUUAUAUCAAAUGGUGGGGAACAAACCACAUCUGCUAAACCAAAUAGAUCAAUUAAUAUGCGUAGUAUGAGUAGCUCUGUUAGUGUUAGUGAAAUGUCUAGAAAAUUCUCGAACCCAAUCGAUUUACCUUCUAAUGGUACUUUGCAAAACCUAAAUAAUAAAGCUAACAAAACUGACGAAUUUUCAUCAAAUAAGGCUACAGAAACUUCUAUUCAAUCUAAAAAUAUUUUUGAAUUUAAUAAUGAUAAGGAAAUUCUCAAACCUCAAAUUAAUGACGAAGUUGAUACCAACAAUUCUUCAAAUUUACAAGAUACAACAAAUACCGGGAAGGAAAUUGAUGUGAGUGAAAGUUCUUUUAACGAUGAGUUAAAUACAACUGUAAUUAAAAAUGAUAUCACAACUAUUGAAAAUAAUAGUAGUUUUAUCAAAAUCUCAAAUUCUGAAUUGCCAAGUCCUCACUCUGGAAGUUUGAGCAUCUCGUCCAAUAAUAAUAAUAAUAAUAAUAAUAAUAAUAAUAAUAAUAAUAAUAAUAAUAGCACUAAUUAUAAUAAUAUGGAGAAUUCUAAAGCAGUCAUACAAAGGCUACCAGAAAAUGGACCAGAAAUUGCUGAAAAUAUUACACCUACCUUUAUUACUGCCAAAGAUCAUAAUGAUCUUGAUGUUGGAGAUAUAAAUUCAAGAGAUAUAUUUAAUAACCCAUCCCCAACAAAACCUAAAGAACUUCAAAUGGAAAUCAAUGAUUUAAAUUCCGAAUCAUCCUUCGUUUCUGCCAACCCUGAAUUGAAUCCAUCAGUUACAGCUGAAGAACAACAAGGUCAUAAUAUUAGAAAUAAUAUUCAGAAAAUGGGAUUAAAAUCAAUUGAUAGAAUUAAUUCGUUAAAACGUUUAAAACCAUCAAAUCCAUUUGCUAAUAGUAUUAAGAAAGAAUAUCCAAACUUUAAUAUUCCAGUUGUUUCAUCUGAAAAUAUAACUGUGAGUGAUAUUGAUGAUAGUGGAGAAUUCCAAUUUGUGCCUUUAAAUAAUGAAUCCCAAGGUGAAAUAAAAGAAACUGGACUAAUGCAAUCUUAUAGUAACAAUCCAGAUGACAGUGAUGAUUUCCAAUUUAUUCCAUUAAGAAAUGAAAUUAAAAACGAAGACACUUAUUCUUCAAUGAAUAUGGUCGGUAGCAAUGAGAUUCCUUCAAUAAAUAUUACCACCAAGGAAGAAGAUCAAUAUUCAAUUAAUAAUGAGAAGUUCCCAUCUUCAUUAAAUUAUAAAGAAUAUCAUCCCUCAAUAAUGAAUAAAGCUAUUCAUUUAGAAGAACAUCCUUCAUUAAUUAGUAAAAGUAACCAUGAAGAACGUGAACUAUCUACAAAUCAAAUUAGUAAUGAAGAAAGUUUUGAAUUCAUUCCAAAAAACAAUAUAAAUGAAAAUAUGGGAAUAAUGAAUAACGAUAGUGAUAAAGUGGUAAAAGAAAAUAAUAAUAAUUCUGAAGAGAGCGAAUCUGAAAGUGAAGAAUCUGAAAGUGAAGAAAAUAGUUCAGAUGGUGAUGAUGAUGAUGAUGAUGAUGAUGAAAAAAAUAUGGAUGAAGUUGAUUCUAAUUCCAAUGAAUUUGACAUUGAUUCAUUUGAUAUUAAAAACCCAGAUAAUACAUUAGCUGAUUUACUAUUGUAUCUAGAACAUCAAACAGUUCAAGUCAUCUCCACUAUUCAAUCAUUAUUAACAUCUAUUAAGCAACCAAACUCAACUAAGGGCAACUUAAGAGUGGAAGCAAAUGCCAUUAAUCAAGUUAUUUGUCAAAUGUCGGAUGCAACAAGUACAUCUAUGAACCAAAGUAGAAAUGCUAAUUUGAAGGAACAUGGUAGCUGGGUGGUUCAAAGUUUGAGAGAUUGUAGUACUCGUAUGACUACAUUAUGCCAACUAAAUAUAGAUGGCAUUUUAACUAAUGAACAAGGUGAUAAAGACUAUGCUGACAAACAAUUUAAACAAAGAUUAGCAGGUUUAGCAUUUGAUGUUGCUAAAUGUACUAAAGAACUUGUUAAAUCUGUGGAAGAAGCAAGUUUAAAAGAGGAAAUUGAAUACUUGAGUUCUAGACUUGAUGAUCGUAACCACCAAAUUGUUUAA